CUGCUCUUUUCCUGCCGCACAGCUUGUAUUCGCCAGCCUAAUUUUUUUUUUCCACCCUCCCCUCUCUCUCCUGUUCUUUGCAUUUCCAUUUGAACAAGCCACCAUGAGUCGGAUCUCUUUCAGAUCAUCUACUGGAGGGGGCAUGAGGGGUUUUAGCUCAGGCUCUGCUAUCGUAGGAGGUGGCAGUGGGACCAGAAGCAGUUUCAGCUCCGUCUCUGUCUCCAGAGUUGGAGGAGGAAGAGCCGGAGGUGGAGGAGGCUUCGGAGCUGGUGGUGGCUUCGGCAGCAGAAGUCUCUAUAACCUAGGUGGAAGCAAAAGAAUUUCCUACAGCUCAGUCGGUGGAGGUCUACGGAGUGGAGCCGCUGGUGGAUAUGGCUUUGGUGGAGGAGCUGGCUUUGGUCUUGGCUAUGGUGGUGGAGCAGGCGCUGGUUUUGGCUUAGGAGGAGCUGGUGGUGGUGGUGGUGGCUAUGGGCUGGGCAGUGGAUUUGGGAUGGGUGGUCGAGGUGGCCCCGGGUUCCCCGUUUGCCCACCUGGUGGCAUCCAUGAAGUGACUGUCAACCAGAGCCUCCUGGCACCCCUCAAGCUGGACAUCGACCCAGAGAUCCAGAAGGUGCGAACACAGGAGCGGGAGCAGAUCAAGACCCUCAACAACAAAUUUGCCUCCUUCAUCGACAAGGUGCGCUUUUUGGAGCAGCAGAACAAGGUGCUGGAGACCAAGUGGAGCCUCCUGCAAGAGCAAGGGCACACGGUCACCAGGAAGUCCCUGGAGCCCCUCUUCGAAGCCUACAUCAACAACCUCAGGAGGCAGCUGGACAGUCUCAUGGGAGAGAGGGGCCGGUUGGACUCCGAACUGAGGAACAUGCAGGACAUGGUGGAGGACUUUAAGAACAAAUAUGAAGACGAGAUCAACCGGCGCACCGGUGCAGAGAAUGAGUUCGUGGUGCUCAAGAAGGAUGUGGAUGGUGCUUAUAUGAACAAGGUGGAGCUGCAGGCCAAAGCAGACGCGCUGGCAGAUGAAAUCAACUUCCUGAGAGCUCUCUACGAAGCGGAGUUGUCCCAGAUGCAGCAGCAAGUAUCCGACACCUCCGUGGUCCUGUCCAUGGACAACAACCGUAACUUGGACCUCAACAGCAUCAUUGCUGAGGUCAAAGCGCAGUACGAGGACAUCGCCAACCGCAGCCGGGCAGAGGCCGAGGCUUGGUACCAAAACAAGUAUGAGGAGCUCCAGGUCUCCGCUGGCCGCCACGGGGAUGACCUCCGCAACACCAAGAUAGAAAUUUCGGAGAUCAACCGGAUGGUCCAGAGGCUGCGCAAUGAGAUCGAGAGUGUGAAGAAACAGUGUGCCAACCUCCAAGCCGCCAUCGCCGAGGCGGAGGAGCGUGGGGAGAUGGCCCUCAAGGAUGCCAAGGCCAAACUGUCUGAGCUGGAGGAUGCUCUGCAGAAGGCCAAGGCUGACCUGGCCCGGCAGCUCCGUGAGUACCAGGAGCUGAUGAACGUCAAGCUGGCCCUGGACAUCGAGAUCGCGACCUACAGGAAGCUGCUGGAAGGAGAGGAGAGCAGGCUCGCUGGAGAGGGCGUUGGAGCCGUGAGCGUCUCCGUGGUCAGCAGCUCCAGUGGGAUGGGCUACGGCGGCGGGAGCUGCCUGGGCAUGGGUGGAGGACUCGGCAUGGGAGGCGGCGGUGGCUACAGCAUGAGCAGCGGCGGCGGCGGCGCCUGCUUCGGAGGAGGCAGUGGAGGUUUUGGAAGCAGUGGAGGCUUCGGAGGAGGCAGUGGAGGCUUCGGCGGGGGGCUCAGCUACGGUGGAAGCAGCACCUUCAGCUCCGGGAGCAGCCGAGGGGUCAGCAGCAGCACGGGAGGCAGCAUGAGGAUCGUUUCCAAGACCACCACCAGCAAAAAGACCAUCAGAUAAGGCUUGCGCGGAUGACGACGACGUGUUUCCUGCCUUCCAAAAAAAGCAAGUGCUGCCCUACGAAAUCAACAGUGUAAAUAGCUGCGCUAGAGCUUCUCCUUCCUCCGUCCUUCACCCUCCACCCUUGGGGCAGCGGGGGGAGACCAGGACCCCACUGCGAGAAUCCAGAGUACCUUUGGCUAAAGAACAGGUUGUAACAGGUCAGCGACAGGGCUUUAGAGAGCCCUUUGGACCAUGGUGGUGGCCCUUUCAGCACGGUCCUCGUUCUCCCCUCGUUCUCCCCCAGGAGUCGUGCAUCUAAAGCCAAGUGGGAGCAUUUUGUUGAACGGGGACAGCCGUGCUUGGCCACUCACCUUCUUUUUGCUCCUCCUAAAACAAGGGUGACAGCCUUGUGAAACCACAGUCCGGGGUCCUCAACCUCCACGUUACAACCUCCAAAUGUGUUGGGUUUUGGUUUUUUUUUUUGCAACUCAAGAUUUUAUUUUCCAGCCCCUUCUGUUUCCUCAAGCACCUGUGGGAAAGGUUCUUGCUUUCUGUGUAUAUGAAUGGCCACACUGAUUUCUAGCUCCUUGUCCUCACAGCUACAGCCUCUUCACUCUCAGACCUCACCCUCCUCUAUGGUCCAAUAAAGAGCAUUUGUCAUUUUUAAAAAAAA